AUGUCUCGCUUAGGUGGCAAACCUAAACAUCGUUUAAGUGAUCAUUUUCUUGUAAUUGAUGAAAAAGUUAAUAGUACCAACAAAGCCACAAUUUGCAAUUAUUGUAUUGAGCGAUGUGGUUAUUCAGAAGCAUACUUAACUAGCAAAGUCACGAACAUUGUAAAUUCUUGUAUAGCAUAUCUUCAUAAAUGUGAAGCUUUUGCAAAUCGAUAUUCAUAUGAGAAAGCAAAACAGAUUCUUGUAUCUAAUGCAACAUUAAAAAAAAGAGAAUCAUUAAAGCGAAACUGGCAAGAAUUUAUUUUAGAUAAUGAUAGUAAUGAGGAUGAUUCUGUGCAAUCAUUUGUAACAAGCACUAGCUCUACUACAAAUUCUGGCUUAAAUUUUAAAUUAAUUUACCAGUUUAGUGAUAAAGAUCAAAGUCAAUUAAGUAAUGAUAAGAUUCUUGCAAUGUGUCAAUUACAAGGAGAAUUGCACCGAAUACACCAAUUAACUGCACUUAAAAAAAUAGAAGAUAGCUAUAAUAAUACUAAUACAGAUGAACAAACUAAUAUUUAUCAAGAAUCUAAAGAUGAUCCAACUGAAAAUAUUGAACAAGAAGGUAAUACAAUUAUAGAAAAUAACCAGUCUUUGGAUGAAAUACUUGCUCAAGAACAUCCUUGUCAAGAUUGCAAUGCAAAAUAG